GAACAGUGUAAACAAAGCAGUAUUCAUUCGAUUCCCCUUUUUUGCUGCUGAAAGAGGCGAAAUUCUUCUUUAUAUAAUAUUAUUCUUGAUAAAUGAAAAUCUGAAUGCCUGAUCAAUUUGAUGAAAACUUCGUUGGUGUGGACGAUAACAUAAAAAACAUGGCCCGAGUGGGAAUGGCCCUUGAUCGUGAGCUAAACGGGAAUACGUAUUCAUAUGAUUUAAAAGAAAACAGAAACCCUUCGUAUGCACAGAAUAAAGACUCCUUCGAACCUUUUUUCAAGGAAACGCCCAAAUCGAAAAGUAUCAAUAAGCAUUUCCAAGAUUUUACGAUGAAUGGAUCUUUAAGUACACAGCCAAGUGUAGAAAAGCCAAGAGGAAGAAACAUGAAUUCCUUUGAAGAAAAUAGCUUCAACCGGUUAAGAAACAGCAGUAAUCUGUUUCACAUUGGGUCUCCCGCUUUGUCUGAUCCUGGAAGCCUCAAUCGAGCAACGGAGGAUACGUCGAGCUAUCGAAAUAAGUUUUUGUCUGCUUUUCAGAGAAAGAGGGAUCCAAGCAAAGGCGAAGAAGUCAUGUUGGAUGAAUCUCCGUCUUUACUGAGGAAAGGAUUGGACCAGACACCUCUAACAAAGCGUCAAAACAGGAAUUUAUUAUUCGAUUCCCCAAGUGAACGUCUCCCAAAGAAACCCGAAACUCCAUGGCGGAAACCUGGUUUGCGAUUUCAACCUACUCCGCAGCCUUCGAAACAGGCACUAAAGGAAACGCCGUCAUCAUUAAAGACAGCAGCCAAACUGAUGGAGCAGUUGGACCUGGACUCGAACGAUGUUCCUUUUGAUUCUCAAAACCAAACGUCCUAUCGUCUUCCAAACAUGACAAACCUUUCUCAACUGGUCCAAGAUCCAGCAACUGAAAAUACGACUCGUGCCUCCCAAAGCGGUCGCUUGCCAAACCUAGAUACUGUACCAAUAGCAGAAACAGAUGAAAAGCUGUUUUAUGCUCACAAAGCUCUAGAACGAAAGCUCGAGGCAAUGAAACAAGAACAUUCUGACUAUGAGGAAGAGAUUCUACAUCUUCGAGAGCGGAUUGAUCAUCUUACGGAUGCGUAUAAUCGAGAAAAGAAGAGAGCACGAAGCUUAGAAGAUCGUAUGUCGAGAGAAUUAAUGAUGAAAUAUGACAAUAAAGAAUCCGAAAGUGUCGAUCCCUCCAUAACCUCAAGGUUGCUAGCGACUACGAAAGAGAAGGAAGCGCUUAUAGAACAAGUCAAAUCGUUACAAGAGCAAUACGAUCAUAUACAGCAAGUAUAUAAGAAUGUUUUAUUAGACCGCGAAAGCUACAUCAUGAGGUUAAGCACGAAGGUAUCUGAGAACCAUGAACUAAAUAAUGAAAAUCAAAAGUUGAAGGAGAGGCUUCUUGUUUUGGAAGGCAAAGAAAAUAAUACAGAUGAACUAAGGGAUAUAAAAGAAAGAAACCUUCCUGAUUGGGAAAACAACCAAAUUUUCCGUAGCGAAACUUCUGGAGGAAGAAACUUGAACGAACCAAAGGAGGUGGAUAGUGGCUUGAAAAACAAGGAAAGUAUACUACCUAGUCACAAGCAACACUCUCCACCCGAAAAUCAAAACCUUGUGAAGGAACUGACGAAAGAAAUCGAAAAGAGGAAGGCUCUGGAGCUAAAACUGCUUUCAUUACAAAAUAACGGAAAACAAAAGAACCAUCGAUCAAAAAGAGUUCAUGUAUCACCAACUACCAACAAGAAGAAAUGGAAGAAGGGUGAGGAAUCGGAUUUUGCUUUGGAUGGCGAGUCCGAAUGGAGCGAUGAAAGCGAUUUCUUGGAUACAGAAGACGAAGAAGUAGAAGAAGAAGCAAGACCAAGUAUUCGAAGGAAAGAACCUGUUAACCAGAAAAGGAAACACUUGGAUGAUUAUUCUGGAUUAGUGGAAGACAGUUAUUUAGGAGAAGAAGGUUUAGAUUGGAGCCCUAUGUUACAACCAGCUUUAAAUAACACCAAAGAGAGAGCUCAUUCACCUGAGCUACCAAAGCAUAUCCUUGAUCAAGUAGAUCAUAUCAUAAACUGCAAUGCUGUGCAUAAGCCUGAACAGUGUACAGUGUGCCACGGACGCCAGCAAGAGGGUCCGGCAGUUAGUGAUCUCUGGGGGAAAAAUGAAGAGCCUUUGCAUCCGGAUGUGACAAUGCGACCGAGUCAGCCUCCGCAGAAAGCGUUGAAGGAUGUUAUGGAGCAACUGACGAAGGAGUUGAUGGGUUUGAAGAAGCAAUAUGAGACCUUCUCGAAGCGCUACAAUUCGUUGACUCCAGAAUAUCACAGACGCAGACGCCAAACCCUAAAGGUCAAGCUGAUCAAGAUUUUAGAGUUGAUGGAAAAGAAGUCAGACCAGAUUUACGCUCUACAUGAUAUACAUAUUGCUGAAACGUUUUGUGAAGAGUAAUUAUAAGCCGGCUGGUACGGUUGCGACUACUAAAACAAUAUGGUUUUCCUAAUUGUUUUAUAUGAAUUUUUAAUCUUAAAUAAUUUUUUGUAAUAAUGAAGCUAGAAUAGCAUCGAUAUCAACGACUAUUAUUUCUUAAUAAGUAGCG